AACUACAGAAGUAGACUUCUUUAGAUCUAGAGUCUAGAAAUCUAGAAUUUAGACCCACAUCUUCUAGAAUCUAGAUCUAUAUCUAGUUAAUGUAGUAGUUAUAGUUAGGCCUUUAACUGUUUUGUGUAACCCUUAUUAUAGAUUCUAAAUUAUAAUGACAUAAUACCGUAUAAAAAGUGGAAGAGUUCAACUGAUAAAAAUAAAAUUCUACAAUUAAAAAAUGUCACGAAAAUCAUAUACUAGAUUUUAUCAGCCUAUUGCAGGCAUAAGAACAGACUUCAAGCGCCUUAUAAACAGUUUUUUGGAACUUAAAACAGUUCGUUAUGAAGCAUUCAGUGAAAUUUGGCGAUCCAAGAACAUGUCAUUUUUGUGUGCUGGAAGAUGCUCAGACCGCGAAACAAGAGAGUUUAUUGAGAAAAUCCUUUUGGUUGCUCAAGAGUAUUUUUUGCCACCAUUUCAAUUUCAAGUUCGUGUGGGUGGCCUGUAUUUGUUGUAUGGCAUCUUUCAGAUACAGCCACUUCUUCCAAAAGUUAGGAUUCGCGUCACUUCCUCUCAGUGGAAAGAUAUUGUGUACUUCCAGCAACAGGCAGCUCAGCAGCACCACUUGGAUGUCGUUUAUGUGUUCAACAAACUUAUUUUUGAACAAGCCUUUCAUUUCUGUUAUAGUUCAGUUGAGGUUGUUAACUCCUGUUUGAUUGAGGGUGAUGAUAAUGAGAUGGACCUUGCCGAUGACAUGAAAGAAGAAAACAGUUCCGUCAAUCAACUAUUUGUUUAUGAGUCAAUAGAGAAAUUGUCUUACCUGCAAGAUCAGUACCAAAGAAUGAAAGUUAGUUUAGCUGGACCAAAUGCCACUAAACCUGACAAGUCUCUGGAUGUGGUGCAUGGAGAAUUUGUUGGCGAACUUGUUGAUUUACUCCAAAGUUACAAAGAAGAAGCAGCAUCUAUUCUUAAAAAUCGUAAAGAUCAUGAGUCAACCUCAGAGACAACAGAGGAAAAUUCAACAGAUUCAUCAGGAGGAAGGAGGCAGAUGCUGAAAGCUCUAGCCUAUAGCCAUGUUUCAGGCACUAACAAGCCUAGGCAUAACAUUGUAGUGGAAACUGCUUCAACAAACAACUCAAGUGGUGGUGGGGCUAGCAGUAAACAUCAUAAAAGCGUAGUAACACCAGAGAAGAAAGCUAAGCAAAAUAUUAUAGUGGAUGCUGCUUCUUCAACUGAGAUCUUUAGUGAAAGCUGGAAUAGCAGUAACCAUUAUAAGAGCAAAGGAACCCCAGAGAAGUCAACACAAGGGUCUGUAAAAUAUUUACACAGCAUGCAUGUUGGGGAUCCUCCCAGCGACAGUGAUGUAUCGGAAGGACGGGUAAAUACACCAAGAAAGAGAAAUCCCAUGGUGGAAAAAUUGAAGUCUAAAAAUCGUCCCAGCAGUGAGCCUUCAGAGAUUGUGGUUAGUUUGCCUAAAAAGAGAGGACCAGUCAGCAGGUACAUGUGUCAAAAUAUCCCAUCAUCCUCUGACACAGGCAACUCUGACACAGGCAGGCACGACCACCAGAUGAAGUCAGUGAUGAAGAAAACAAAGCCAGAUGGUGAACCCAGUUCUUUAAAGUCAAAAGGAAAUUUUUCUCAAGUGGUUUCAAAGAUGGUCCAUAAAAAGAAACAUGUAGGUUUUAAUCUCAAUCAGGAAAAAAAGACAGUGACAGAAAUAUUUGUUGAUAAAAAUAUUGGUGAGGAUGCAGUGGUCAAAUCAGUGGUUGUCAAAGAACCUCCAAAGUUUCAUGACCCAAAUCAAAUCCUAAAGGAAAGUGCAAGUUCUUCUGAAUCUGCUAUGCAGAAAUUGAAAAAGAAAAGCACUCUAAAAAUAAACAAUGUUCCUUUUGAAAUAAAGGAUGAAGUAGAUGAAAAAGGAGAUAAAGUUGAAAAGCCAAAAAGAAAUCUAGAAAACAAAGUUAGUUCCCCCAAGAGCAAGAAACAAAAAGUUUCUCCUCCGCCAAGUGCCAAGCCUGAUCCAGGCAAGAAAGUGAAAAUAAUGAAUGUCAAAUUUAUAUAAUAUGUACUUCCUCCACAUUCUGAUAAAUUCAUGUUAAGCCUUUGAAACUCAUUUCUCUGUUACAGGAAUGUACAAACACAAAACUUUAAA